CCAUGACUCAACAUAUUUUACUAAGCUGAAUAUGUUUACUUUACUGUGACCGAGGCGUACAUUCGUAUGUACGUGAGCUCGCAAGAAAGAGGAACGAUAUAAACGCGCCUUGGUCUAUUAUGUACACUGCUUUCCGCAAUCUUUCCAGAAACAUGUCGACUUCGGGACAGAAACUGAAAGUUGUGCUCUUUCUCGGGACUUGCAGAGAGGGUCGAGUGGGUCUUCGCGUUUCCCGCUUUAUGAAGAAUGCCUUGGAAAAAAGCAACCACGAAGUCACAGUAUUCGAUCCUUUGGAGAUGAAGUUCCCACUGUUGGAGCGGCCUGUGUUCUUCUACAAGGACAGGAGUGAGGCCCCCAAGUGGAUGUGCGAUGCGGAGGCGAAGGUGAAGGAGGCAGAUGCCUACGUGGUCGUCUCGGCAGAGUACAACCACAGCAUCCCCCCAGCUCUCAGCAAUAUGAUGGACCACUUUGGGGGCAGCAGCUAUGCCUAUAAACCCAGUGGAAUAGUGUGUUAUUCUCCUGGUAUUUAUGGAGGCAUGAGGUCAGCCAUGCAACUCCGUGCAUUUCUGGGCGAGCUUGGCUGUCUAAGUGUUUCCAAUAUAUUUGGCAUCCCUGAAGUUCACAAAGCCUUGGAUGAAGAGGGCAACCCUCUGAACGAUCACAUGGAGAAGGGAGCUAACCGAUUGAUUGCACAGCUGGACUGGAAUGCCCACGCUAUGAGAAACCAUCGGGAAAAGUGUGGUAUUCCCCAGUGAUUACAGGGUUCAAAACAGAGCCACUAUGAACAGUGUCACCUGAAAGUUUGGUUUUUUUUCCACUCAUGAUGAAACAGUACAUUUCAUUUUGACACUAGAAUCUCACAAUUCUCAUUCAGAGGAUGGUUGUUUACAAAAACAAACACUUUAAGCAGUUGAUCUUAAGAAAAACUUGAAUCUCACUAUCUAGUUUAAUAUAUUCAAAUAAAUCUUUUUAAAAGUUUUAAAUGGUGGGUUAGGCCACCCAAAAAUAUAUGUCCGUUUCCUAUUACAUUUUUAAAAGAAAUUUGGUAGGUGUUGGUUUUAUCUCUUUUGUUUACUUUUUUUUAUUAUUUCUUAGUGGCACCAGGUGGGCACCUGAGGUCUUCAAGAGUACCAUAUCAUGUAGUGACAAUGCCUUAUGAUGAAACAUUGAAAGAUUUCUAUAUCAAAUCAUUAUUUAUGUUAUUUAUUUGCAGAUUUGGUCAGUGAGGACCCAUUAUUCCAAUUCAAUGCAAUCCAUUUUAGCCCUACGUACACUGAAAAACAUGAAAAUAUCUUACUCGAUUUGGAUGAAAAUGAUGAGUUGAAAUGAACUCCAGUCAUGAUAUUGACUUGGUUAAAAAAAGAUUUAGGGUCGGUUGGGUUACCGGAAAUGGACAUUUUGUUUUUGCCUUAAUGAGAAUGUGAAGGAACAGAACUUGAAUGUGAGAGACAUUUUACCUGUUUCUGUUGAAAAAAAUAUUCAAACUUGUUAUGCAUCAUGUAUGCUUGGAUUGAUUGUUGUUUAUUGCUUGAUACUGUAUUUAACAAUAUAUUUACCUAUAAUAAGAUGUGACUUGUCCACUAUACUCUAUACAGUGUGUAACUGUGCAUAAAUCAGGGUAAGAUGUUAUUUGUUGUUACGUGAUGUGUAAUACUGUUUCAAACAGUGCAUUACCCACAAUGAGAUGUGACAUCUUGUCCCUUAAUGCUUGAUACUGUUUUAAUAUUAAAUUACCAAAGGUCACUUGUCACAUAAUGCUUUAUGUUAAUGUAUCUCUGUUUGUUUUAUAUGACUUUAAUCAAACUUCAUAGGACUGCCAGUGCAACUUAAGAAUCUUUGUUCCUAUUUAAAGUCUUGUCUAGUAGUUCGUUUACUGAGAAUGUGGUAGCUAAAUAUAAUUUCUGGAUACAUUAGCUGUGUUGUCAUCACACCCAGAGAUUUUAGAUGACAUAAAAGAGGUAGCAAUUCUGUGAAGCAAAGAUAUUAUCACCCCUUGAAACUACAAAGGUCAAAGGUAGUUUUUUAAAUGAUGGGUAAAUUAUAUGGUAGCUUCCCUGAGGGCUGAUAAAUAGUUUUAUUGAGAGAAAUAAAUUAUGUAUUUUUAGAGCAGUGUGGUGUGACAGUGUGCCUUUAAAGAUAUAAAUCACAUGAUUACCUAUGACUGUUGUAUAUCUGGUACUGUGCCUUAAUGGACUUGUUUUUGUUCUUGUUUAUAAGGAGUCUGUAUAGUUGUGUCGUGCAUGGAAAAUAGUUUAUAAUCAGGUUGGAAUUAUAUAAACAGCUUUAAAAAAAAAAGUAUACGUCUUCUGUAGUGUGAAUAAAUAGCAUGUUGUUUGUUGGA